AUGGAUCCAUCUUCGGUAGGUAGACAGUCGUCAAUUACGGUGGCAGUACGAGUUAGGCCAUUUAAUGAUAUGGAAUUAUCGAAUUUGAUUUCAAUAGAUCAAUCAAUAAAGACAAAAUUAACUAAUUUUCCCUAUCCAAUAAAUUUUAGUAAUGGUAAGAAAAAUGAAUCUACCAGUGUGACAGGUGAUUCAAGUAUUUUAUUACCAAAUGAUUUAAAAGAAAAUGAUAAUGAAAAUAAUAAUACUACUAAUAGUAAUAAUAAUAAAAUGAUAAGAUCUAAUGGUAUUUGGAAAUUGAUAGAUUGUGUAGAUGAUAAAAUGUUAGUAUUUGACCCAAUUGAUAGAACUCCGUUGAAUUUAAUGAGCGAAAAUGUUUUAAAUAGUGCAUACUUCCAAAGAAGGAAAAAUAGGCAAAGAAGAAGAAGAACUUUAAAGACAACAAAUAUAUAUAAUAAUAAUACUGGAUCUCAAAAUAAUAUAUCAAGAAGACAAUUUGGGAAAAUAGAUGAUGAUUCCGGAGAAAUUAAAUUUGUCUUUGAUAAAUUAUUCGAUGACAACUCUACACAACAAGAAGUUUAUCAAAGUACAACGAGUCCUUUAAUUACAUCAGUUUUGGAAGGCUUUAAUGCUACAAUAUUUGCAUAUGGUGCUACUGGUUGUGGGAAAACUUAUACAGUAAGUGGUACACCAGAGGCACCAGGGAUCAUUUUCCAAGCUAUGCAAGAAUUAUUUGAUAAAAUUGAUUCAUUAAAUGAUACACAAACUUUUGAAAUAUCAUUAUCAUUUUUAGAGAUUUAUAAUGAACGAAUAAGAGAUCUAUUAAAUCCAGAGACUAAUUCAAAGAGAUUAAUUAUACGAGAAGAUGAUAAUCAACGAACCACUGUAGCAAAUCUAUCUCAUCAUUACCCAAAGACUGUUCAAGAUGUAAUCGAUCUAGUGAUAAAGGGCAAUAUUAAUAGAACUACAUCACCAACUGAAGCAAAUGAAGUAUCAUCCAGAUCUCAUUCUGUUUUACAAGUUCAUAUUAUUCAAACCAAUAAAACUAUUGAUUUAACUUCACAUCAUAAAUAUGCUACAUUAUCAAUCAUUGAUCUUGCAGGUAGUGAACGUGCUGCAUCGACUAAAAAUAGAGGGAAACGACUUAAUGAAGGUGCAAAUAUUAAUCGAUCAUUAUUAGCUUUAGGUAACUGUAUCAAUGCAUUAUGUAUUAGUGAUAAUACUAAUGAGAUGAUGAUUAAUGGUAAUCAUAAACGAUCAUAUCAUAUUCCAUAUAGAGAUUCCAAAUUGACUCGAUUACUUAAAUUUUCAUUAGGUGGUAAUUGUAAGACAGUAAUGAUUGUUUGUAUAUCACCAAGUAGUUCACAUUAUGAUGAAACUUUGAAUACAUUAAAAUAUGCAAAUCGAGCUAAAGAGAUUAAGACAAAGAUUAUACGAAAUCAACAAUCAUUAAAUAAACAUGUUAGUUCCUAUUUAAAGAUGAUUACAGAACAAAAACUAGAAAUUGAACAAUUACGAUUAAGAGAAUCACAAAUGAUUGAAUUAAAGUUGAAUGAAUUAAAGUUGAAUUAUCAAAAAAUUGAAAGACAAAUGAAAGAAAUUUUUAAUAAUAUUGAAUAUCAAUAUAAGACAAAUGAAAGGUAUAUUACACUAAAAAAUUUAAGAUCAUUAACAUUAGUUAAAAGACGUUUUUUACAAUUAAUUAAAAUUGAAAUUGAUAAUGUAAUGAAUUAUUUUACAGAUCGAGAAAUUCAUAAGAAUUGUGAAUUAAUUCAAUUACAAAUUUUUGAAAAGAUUAAAGAAUUAGAGAUUAAAUUUGAUUCCAAUGAUGAAUUAAAUUUAGUUAUUAAGCACGUCAAAGAAGUUGAUUAUUUAAAAUUAAAAGAAAUGGAAAAUUGGGAUGAAUCGAUAUAUGAAAAUUUAUUUGAGACAAAAUUAUUGCAAAUCGAAGAAAGUUUGAGAAAUGAAAUUAUGAUAAAUUCUUCCAUAAUAAUUGAAAAAUUAUUUAAUGAUGAAAAAUUAUUGAAACGGUUUAAAUUUUUCAGUGAAUGUUUAAUUAAUGAGCAUGAUAUUAAUUUAAUUCUUCAAGACUUAGUUAAUAUUGAUAAAGAAUUUGAUGAAUUUGCUGAACAAUUUUUAAUAAUUCAGCAGAAUGGUAAUACUACCGAUAAGCAGAAAAAGAAAAAAUUAAGAUGGUCAGAUUCUCUAAUUGAAUCAGUAAUACCAAAAUUUCCAACAAAAAAUAUAAUACUAUCAGAUUCUAUGGAAAUUGAUAUGAGUUUACAAGAUACUACAAUGACCACACAAGAUAGUUUAAAAAAUGAAGAAAAUAAAGUAGUUGAUACAAGUUAUAACAAUAACAAUAGUAAUAUAGAAGAUCGGAGUAUAAUUAAUGAAAAUGAAAAUGGCAAUAAUGGUAAUAGAAAUAGUAAUAAUAUUAGUGGAUCAUCUAUAUUAUUGAGACGAAACUUCCUUACAGACGAUUCCUAG